AUGGCGGAUUCGCGGCCGCUGGGGGGGUUUGCGACAUCGCGUGGGGUGGAUGGGGAGGGAAAGGUCUCGACCAAGCACUCGGAGCGCGCCGUCUCGACUGCGGUCACUGCAAAUCCUGACUUCUCUGGCUAUCGCACCCGUGCUUCUUCUUCUUCCAACAGCACGGUCCGCGGUAGUUCUCGACCGGGCGCCGUGAAGGGACGGAGAGAGAUUGAGAUGGAUCAGAAGCCAAAGUUCGAGUGCGGAAUCAUCCUCGAAUGCAUAGCACGAAGAAGAAGGCCUCUGGACGGCUCUAGAUCGCGAAUGGUGUCUGGAUACCGUCGCGACCGGCGACGUUUCCGUAAGGUAGAUCGUUUCGGUAUGGCGACGCUGGGGGGGUUGGUGGCGCAGCGGAAGCGCGCCGGGCUCAUAACCCGGCGGACAUCCUCCGACCCGCGAAACGAGCCCGGAUCUCGACCCGACAAGACGUGGGGACCAAGACAAGAAAACGACACUAGGGCCGCAAUCGGAGACUCUGUGCGCCAGACGGACCGGGGCAUACGAUGGGGCGAUAGCGAUAGCGACGAGCGGAAAGUCGUGCUCACGAGGCCGGCGGCUCUACGAUCUUCCGACCGCGGCUUACAAGGGUACGCGAGAGGAGUCGAGCCAGUGGUAUGGAUGGAUGGUAUUUCUCAGAAUACCGUACACACUUCCGGCCCGGCCGACAAGAGCAAGGUCUUCUGGACCGGUCCGGGAUCAGCUGCAAGAUCUGGCUCAGUGAUCGCGUGCUCUGCCCAGGGUUUCCGCGCCGGACUUUCUGUGUCGGUGGUAGGAGGCGAGGGCGUCGUGCGUUUCGAUGCCGACGUAUCGACUUCAGCUGCGAGAGGUCUUGUGCGAUGCAGUCCGUGGGAUGGUUAG